AAAAAAAAUCCCUAGAUCGGAAGAAGAAGAAGAUGGCGGAUACUCUGCGGCGGAUGUUGGAAAGCGGAGAGCUAACGGAGACUCUGCGGCGGAUGUUGGAAAACGGAAAGCUAACGGACGAACAAUGCCUCUCUAUUUUGCAAGUAUUAGAUUCCGAUGGAUGCACAUCUGAGAAAGUGAUUGAGGAAAAAGCUGUUAAACGAAUCGACAACAGGAAAUCUCUGAAGCAGUUGUUGGCCAUGCGUGAUCCGGAGAGCGACCUUCUUCGUCGUUAUGAAGAAGAAUCGGAUUCGGAUGAAGAAGAAUCGGAUCCGGAUUACGAAAGGUACCACCGCCAACUCGAGGAGUCUCAGUUUUUCGAUAUCGAUCGUGACGUUCGUGUCCCACGUUGGGGAUUUAUCUCACCAUUUUAUUUUGGGGAAAAGGAGGAAGAACAAGAACCACCUCCCGAAAUGGUUCUCUACGGCCGGUUGGGAGUUCAUUGGUUCAACUUUGAGCACAAUAGGAACUUGAAGUUCAUUCGCAUACCAAAAUUGAAUACCGGACAUCCGUAUUCUACAUCCUACUACCUCACUAUAGAUGUUGAAGACUUUUUUUCCCCCAUUUGGAAGUUAUGAUUGAACUCUGCAGAAUCAAACCCACCACACCAGUGGAAGCCGAACCACAUUCAAUUUUCGACCACUUCAUCAUUGAUGGGGUAGAUGCGUUUUACACAGAAUGUAUGCCUACCUUUUUGUCGGGACCGCCAGAAGAAGCAGCUUAUGAUCAGAGAUUCUACGUGGUUCCGUACGAGGAGAUUCGUACAAAUGAUUGGCUUCGUCUGUAUGCCCGCUUUGCACUUUUCAAAGUUUGCGAGGCUGAAUCUCAUUCUUUCCUGCCAGAGGAGAUGCACUUGAAGAAGAUACUUAUGCAAACCCA